GCUUUGUCGUUCCUCCCUAUGCACUACCGUAAAAUCUUCAAAAAAGUCAAAAACCCAUCACAGAAGACACGCCACCUGUUUCUGUCGCCUUGUGGUCAUGCGAGAGGUAUUACGAAUUUGGAGGAGCUACGCGUUUUCCUCAAGAACCCUUCAGGGCUCGCCGACUGUUUUGUAGAAAAUAACUUCACUUUUGCUUCCUUUGAGACGACUGAAGACGCUAUACGAUGCAAGGAUGGUAUGGAAGCGGAAAUGCGAGUAGAGUUCGUGUCGAAACGAGGCGAGAAAGGGUCAUCGUUUUCAUCGUCGUCAAUACCAACAACUACCGACGAGUUGCCUCCGGGGUUGACUUUGAUACCCGACUUCAUCACGGAAGAGGAGGAGGAGAAGCUGUUGGGGUUGGUGGAUGCGGGGGAGUGGGAUCAUUCGAUAAGGCGCCGAGUUCAACAUUUUGGUCAUGCGUUUGACUAUACCUCACUUCGAGCGAAAGAUGCCUUUCUGGAUGGGGAGGCGAGGAUGCCUGCAUACACGGAAGAGCUUGUGCGACGAAUUCGUGCUGAAAGCGUUGCUGAGGCUCGGGACUUCCGACCUGACCAGCUGACGAUUAAUGAGUACAUUCCGGGAGUGGGUAUUUCCUUUCAUGUUGACACGCAUUCAGCGUUCGAGGGACCUAUAGUUAUACUCUCCAUAGGAGGAGGCAUCGUAUUGGAGUUCAGAAAGUCUGAGGAAGGGAGAGCAUUACCGUUAUGGUUACCCCGUAGAAGCUUGGCGGUGAUGGGUGGGGAGUCGAGGUUUGGAUGGGUACACGGCAUAGCUGGUAGGAAGACGGAUAGAGUUGGUCCUGAUGGGGACUUGGUCGAACGGCAAAGACGGAUAUCUUUGACUUUCAGACAGAUGAAGAACAGCCCUUGCGAGUGCGAAUGGGCGGCACUGUGUGACACUCAGAACCCCGCCAGUUUGGUAUUGCCGAGUCGUAUUGGUGACAGUCACAGUGAGUGAGGGAGUUUCUUGUUCAGUCUGUUGUUCCUGAUGAUACUGA